AUGUGCGCUGAUUUGGUGGGCACGCUGGCUUCUCAUGCGUGGUCGGACGACAUAAAUGCGAAGAUGCUCUAUGAUGCUGUGUUCGCGAUCGGCAAGGACUUCAACGCCAAGAGGGUCAGUGCCGACGCUGCUGUGGGGAGCCUCCCCAUCGCGAGGGCAAUCCCCGAAUGCCCAUACGAAUUACCGUCCGAGGUCCAAGCUGCCAUGCACCCGAACUCAGCAGACCCGCCCGUCAAGCAAGACAUCCCCGCAUACCACGCCGUGAGAGGCAUGGCACGUCAGGAACACGCGUCACGUUCCAAGCGCGUCCAGCACGACGUCUCGAUGGGCAGUCUCACGGUUGAUGAGUUCUUGGCGUCCGCUCAGAGCCAAGGUUUCACGCCGCAGCAGGCAUUGCAACAGCUGGCGAUGACAGGGCCGCAGCAGCAGCGCCAACCAAGCUGGCACAUCGGCGGCGUGGCCCACCAGCAGAUGCAGCAGCCACUGCCUCUACAAUGGCAGCCUCCUGCUCCAGUGCAGCACUCGCACCAUAAGCAGCCUCAGCAGAUUGCAAUGGUCACGGUGAAGCCACCGCAGCCAGCAGCCGCCCCAGCUGGUCAACAGUUUGUUGCUGCCCUCGCUGAGUUCGACAAGGGCAAGGACGCCCCCGACGAGGCAGCUGAAGCUGGGCAGAGGGUCAAGGAGAUCGAAAACGAGUACGCUGUUAUGCUCGCCAAGGCGAAGGCCAAGGCCAAGCAGGCUAAGGUCAAAGCAGCGGACAUCACUGACUCGAAGGCUGCCGUGGCGGCUGCUUCAGCGGCGGCUGCACGAGCUGAAGAGCUGGGCGAAGACUGUCCAGCUCUCGAUGGUGAGGAGGACCUCGUGACCACACCAGCCCCAAAGGGGAAGGCCAAGGCUAAGGCCAAAGGCAAGGCCAAGGCCAAGGCGUUUCCUACAGAGUCCAAGAGUUUCAACGGGCCUGCCAACGGAGCAAGCGUCGGCCCACCUCGUAAGAGGCCAGCGGCUGCCACUGCCUUGCCCGAUGCGAAGCGCCCUGCCAUGCCCGUUGUGGGCUCUGUAACUUACCUCUCAGGCAGGGAGGACGCGUGGCUGUGCAUCGGUGUUGUGCGAUCUGUGGAUGUAGCAGAGUGCGAAUCUGGGAUGGCCCAGCUGGCUGGUGAAAUUCUUAACAGGAUGUUCAAUCCGAACGGCCACGACUUGAGAUAUGCUGGUGUCCACUGUGACUAUGAUGACGGGCAGAGCUUCCGCAUCCACGCCACGUUGGGGAUCGCCUUGGGGGACGAGGCGGCCUUGCACAGCAUCUGGCUGUGCAAGGGCAGCGGAGGCAUCAAGUGUUGCCUACACUGUGCCAACAUCGCGAGCAAAAACUGGGUUGCGGCUGGCGCGCUCGACGGAGCGGUGCAUUUGAAGGAGUAUUCGAAAGUGUCAUCUCUCAGCGAAUGUGAGUUCAACACGAAGGCAACUGCGCAGUACAUUAUCGAUGACCUGGCGAGGAGCAGGCCCACCAUGAAGAAAGGCGAGUUCAAAGAAAAGGAGCAGCGCCUUGGCUGGACGGAUUCUCGUUUCAACAUGCUCCGUAGGCCUGAACUCAAGGAGGUGUUGAACCCACCGAAGCAGAACGUGCACGACUGGGCCCACAAUUUAUUGCAGGGUAUAUUUCAGCAGGCCACGGAAAAUUUUCUGCGCGCUUACAAGAAGGCGUUCGGCACCGAGGGCACCGGCACCGGCACCGGCACCAGCACUGGCAUUGGCACCGGCACCGGCACCAGCACCGGCACCGGCACCGGCACCGGCGCCGGCACCGGCACCGGCACCGGCACCGGCACCGGCACCGGCACCGGCACCGGCACCGGCACCGGCACCGGCACCGGCACCGGCACCGGCACCGGGGCGAGAAUCCUUCAUGCCUUGUCGGCCAAUGGAGAGGGCCUAGAGGCUGGCAGCGCCGACCCUGUUCGCCAGACGGAAAGGAGUUUCGAUCUGCAGACGAGGGGCGCGAUCUCUUGCAAAAAGUAUCAGGCGGGCAUGCAGGAAGUGCACGUCGCCGCGAAGGACGGCCAAAGCAUAGCGCCUAAAUUGCAAGCGCGGGUAGCGAGGGUGAACGGGCCGAGCGGGCUAGGCCCUGUUCGGCUGAGGGCCCUUUCCGCCGAGGGCCUGUUCCGCCGCGUCCGCUUCCGCCCGGUCUUCUUCCGCCCAGUCCGCUUUCCCGCGUUCCUGUUCUGCCAGUCCUGUUCCGCCCAGUCCUGUUCCGCCGAGUCCGCUUCCGCCGCGGCCAACGCUCAGGCCGGGGCCGCGGCGCACCUCGCGCGGCGGAACCGGACCUACAUCUACAGCUACAUCUACACCUGCAUCUACAUCUACAUCUACAUCAACAGCGAGACUCACAUCUACAUCUACACCUACAUCUACACCUACAUCUACAUCUACACCUACAUCCACAUCUACACCUACAUCUACAUCUACAUCUACACGGCCGCCAUCGCGAUACUGGUGGACCUCGUCGUGCUGUGCGGCGGGGGGAUCGGCUGGUGCCUCUACCUCGAGUGCAAGCCAGAGGUGCCCACGAUGAGGACGAUCAUGCUGGUGGUGCUGGUGUUGUCCAUGAUCGCGGACUUAUUACUUUUCCAGUUGGGCGUGGCUACGCUCUGGAUGGUUAUACUCAUCAGUAUCGCGAGCGUAUGGGGGGGGUUCGAUGCCGUCCUCCGGUUCCCAUGCCUGCACUCGUGCGACAGCCUGUUCACCGCAAAGCAGUUAUCCCUGCUUGUGUUGAAGAUCGUGCUUUACGGCUUCGGCUUCGUCGAUCUGCACAACUCUAAGUUGUGGUUUUUCUCUCUCCUGCUGAUCAACGUUAUCGGACUGCCGCUCAUGUACAUCCUUGCGUUGCCUUUGGACGAGAGAUUUUCCGACGAGCAGAUGAAGGGCGUCAUCGCCGUGGACGUUGACAUCGCCGCACGAGCGUGGCGCGCGGUCGCGACCCCCGAGGGGCGCCAGCAGAGCGGCGUGGGCUGCAGGAGAAGGUGGCGGGCCGUGCUCCUGAAGCUAGGGCAGCGGCUGCCUUCAUCGGCGCAGGACACCCUCACGAAGGCCCUGCCCUGGUACAAGAAGGCCGUGCAGACGGAGCGGGGCCGGAGCGUGUGA